AGCCGUUUAAUGUUGAGGCGUACAAGGGCAAGCAGAUGCUGCUGGAAGGCACGAAGACUCGCAGCGCUCUGCAGACCGGAUACUUCGAUACUGGCUUCAAGCGAAUCAUGCUGCGGGCGGUAAUAGUAGUAGCUGAGAUAUCGCUGGCAUCUGGCGCCUGCAGUCACUACGGCACGUUCGCUGGUCCCGUGGAAGCGUUCAGCCCUGUCGUCGCCAAGCCACUGAACAAGGCGACACCUGCCGGCAGAAACAUCUUCACCGUACCGCCGAAGCGUGGUACAGGCUACGGGUCCACAGACCAGGUCCAGCACCGCAGUAAGUGUAUGGGCAGUGCCUUCCACCUCAACAUGCACCCGCGCGCCCUCUUCGACCUCAACCCAUACCACACCGACCGACCACUGGCGCCCCACCGCGACCGCCCCGAGUCGAAGCGUCACGUGACCCCCUUCCGACCCAGCAACCCGCCAAAGAAGGUAAGGGGAAGGGCGACAAAUCCAGAGAACGAAGAAUCACUUAAAGGAACGACAUCUUGGAGUCACCAUAGUCGCUUAAAGAGACGACAUCUUGGAGUCACCAUAGUCGCUUAA